AUGUCGUGCCCAACGCCCAAGAAGAAGUGCGGUGUCCUGGGCGCUACGGGCUCCGUGGGCCAGCGAUUCAUCUUGCUUCUCGCAGACCAUCCUUUCCUGGUACUCCACAAAGUGGGCGCAUCUGCGCGCUCCGCUGGCAAGAAGUACAAGGAUGCUGUGAAAUGGAAGCAAGCGCGCCCAAUGUCGAAAGAGCUCAGCGAACUCAUCGUCCAGGAAUGCAAAGCUGAGAACUUCACCGACUGCGACAUUGUUUUCUCCGGGCUGGACAGUGAUGUCGCCGGCGAAGUCGAAAUGGAAUUCAUCAAGGCUGAAAUUCCAGUCUUCUCGAACGCGAAGAACUAUCGCAAACACCCGGUCGUCCCGCUGGUGGUGCCUACGGUCAAUCCCGACCACCUGGCACUGAUCCCGCAUCAGAGAAAGCACUUUGGCCUGAAGAAAGGUUUCUUGGUGUGCAACUCGAACUGCGCCGUCAUCGGCAUUGUCAUUCCAUUUGCCGCUCUUCAGGCCAAGUUUGGACCUGUGGAGGAAGUUGAAGUCUUCACGGAACAGGCCAUUUCUGGCGCCGGCUACCCUGGCGUUUCCAGCAUGGACAUCAUGGACAAUGUGAUUCCUUUCAUCUCGGGCGAAGAAGAUAAGCUCGAGAACGAGGCGCAGAAGAUUCUGGGCUCGAUAAACGCCGAUGCGACAGCAUUCGAAGAGCAAUCUGGCCUCAAGGUCGGCGCCACUUGCACGCGAGUGGGAGUUACCGACGGCCACAUGGCAUUCGUGUCGCUGCGCUUCAAGAACCGACCGCCUCCCAGUGCUGAGCAGGUGAAGCAGGCGCUGAGGGAGUACAAGUCGGAGGCCCAGAAGCUGGGUUGCCAUUCAGCGCCUGAGCAGGCAAUCGUGGUGUUUGACGAGCCCGACAGGCCGCAGCCCAGGCUAGACCGGGAUAUCUCCGGCGGCUACGCCGUCAGUGUUGGCCGCGUGCGUGAGGGACAGCCGGGAGGCUACUUUGACAUCCGGUUUGCUUGCCUCUCCCACAACACGGUCAUUGGCGCUGCAGGCUCGUCGAUUUUGAAUGCGGAGGUGGCCGUGAUCAAGGGCUAUGUUUAA